ACGCGGGGGUCACAAAAUUCCAAUUCCAUUUCCUCCGCUUUUCCUUCAACGUCCCAAUGGCGGCCCAGGACGGAAUCUGUACCGCCGGCGACGCCGCAGCCCGAUCGGCUCUGAUAUUCGUCGGCACCGGCUGCUCCAGCUCCGUCCCCAACUUAAUGUGCCUCAUCCAGCCCUCCGAUCCCCCCUGCCACGUCUGCUCUCAGGCCCUCUCCCUUCCCCCCGACCAAAACCCUAACUACAGGUGCAAUACGUCGCUUCUGAUCGAUUAUUGCCGGAGCGACGGCGAACACCGCUACGUGUUGAUCGAUGUGGGGAAGACGUUCAGGGAGCAAGUGCUGCGGUGGUUCACUCGCUAUAAGAUUCCUAGAGUUGAUUCUAUUAUUUUGACUCAUGAACAUGCUGAUGCAGUUCUUGGUCUGGAUGACAUACGUGCUGUACAGCCACAUAGUUCCACAAAUGACAUUGAGCCUACUCCCAUCUACCUAACUCAAUUUGCAAUGGAAAGCAUUGCAGUGAAGUUCCCUUACUUGGUUCAGAAAAAACUUAAGGAAGGCCAAGAAGUGAGACGAGUUGCACAACUCGACUGGAAAAUUAUUGAGGACCAUUGUGAAAAACCUUUUGUUGCAUCAGGCCUACAAUUUGUUCCUUUGCCAGUGAUGCAUGGGGAAGAUUAUGUCUGCUUGGGGUAUCUAUUUGGUGAACAGUGUCGAGUAGCUUAUAUAUCUGACGUGUCACGUUUUCUUUCAAGCACAGAGCAUUUGAUUUCAAAAGAUGGCGGUGGGCAGUUGGAUCUUCUUAUCUUGGACACAUUAUACAAGAAUGGAUCGCACAAUGUUCACUUGUGCUUGCCACAGUCUCUAGAAGCUGUAAAGAGGAUUUGUCCUAAACGGGCCCUAUUAAUUGGAAUGACUCAUCAGUUUGACCACCAUAAGGACAAUGAAUCUCUUAUGGAAUGGUCUAAGCGGGAAGGGAUACCUGUGCAGCUUGCGCAUGAUGGUUUGAGAGUCCCCUUAGACCUAUAAUAAGGUUGAUGUAAUCAUGUAUUGAGAUGAUACAUACUAUACAGUGUUCAACCCAUUGUGAUGGGAGGAAUUAGGUACCACAUGAUUGAUAUUCACGUUACUAUAAAUCUGUCUGAAGAGGUAAUACAAUUUUACGAGUGGGGCAGCAUUUAGUUACCAAAACCACUUAUUUUGAUGUACAUGUAUUUUUUUGCUCACCAAACUUGUAUUAUGGUGAGCUACUGAGCCUUGUUGUCUAUUUGAAAUGAUGAACCAUAUUGUUUUUAAAGAGUGUGGGAUAUAAAUUUGGAGGCAGACUCAAAUUUUAUAUAUUUACUUAAAUAACAAUAAUGUUAGAGCAGGUGAGGAUUGAUCACGUAA